AUGCCUCUGCAAUCCCGCGAGGUGGUCACGCUGCGCCUAAUCCUAGACUGUGACUGUGAACUAGACUUGAACGAGGACGAUUGUGUCACGACAUCGACCCUCCUACAACCUCGUUCAAAGAGGCCCACGACGUUUUUGUCCCUUCCUUUCGAGCUGAGGGUAAGGGUCCUCCGCUAUCUUCUUCGUAUCGACUUCAAUCGCCAGCACCAUACCCGGCGCAUCCCACAAGGAAGCAUCGAUCACCUCCUCCAUCUUGAUUCCCGACGUAUUCUCGAAGCUCCGCAAUUUCGGCACAAGAGUAGGCAAGACAUCAACGGGGUACUACCCAAAUACCAUACGUGCCAGCUCCAGCCGUCGAUCCUGCGCACCUGCAGAGCUCUGCAUGACGAAGGCCGUUUAGUCUUGUACGACGAGAACAAGAUUGUUGCAAUACAGUGCGGUAUCAAAGGUCUCGGCUCACGCCUCCGCAAUUAUGGCAUUCCGGUAUGGGGGCCCUUCGAUUCUCAUCGCCUGAUCACAUCCAGCGCAGGCCCGAAGAACAAGAACGAGCAUUCACAUAACUCACACAUGCAGCCUAUUCCUAGCUCGCCUAUAGGCUUCAAGCCCGUAGUGCUGUUUCAGGGCAAGAAGUCUCGGUCCGAUGCUCCCUUUUUUGUCUGCAGUGCUCUGGAUGCUUGUGACCUUGUCCAUGCGCUUUGGAUUAUGGUCAAGUGUUCCUUUGCGAAAGGCAUGAGGUUCCAUGUGACUCUUACGAACGACGUAGCAUAUCGGGGUGUCUCAUUCAGCGACUCCUUGACUCGAAGGUACCUCUUUCCUUGGAUGCAUAACCAUAUCGAGUCUUUGUCCAUCAACGACACCGAGAAGUCGGAAAAGCCCCCUGAGAGACUUGUCAAAAUGGGACAAUUACUGAAGACCUAUCAUCUAGCCAGCGCCGAUGAGCCCAACGUUUACACCUACAACAGCAUCUGCGAGCUGCUAGAACAAAUGCUACACCGGGCAGACGGCUACAUCGCCCAGCAGCAGUAUCUCGCUGCCGAAUCCCAUUAUGAACGAAUUUGCUACGAAGCCUGCAGCGUGGUCCGUACACGAACAGGCAAGCUAGUUGACGUGUCUACGAAGAUGAAGGACGGCAUCAACAGAGUCUGCAAGCUGAUCGCCAUCAGCGCUUUCCGAUUGUGCGAACUUCGAAGCGGUGCCAUUGUCAACUUCAGAUCGCUACGCAGGCCAUCACCGAAAGGACAGGUCGAUUCUACCCAGAAGAAGGCCGCGGACGGAAGUGCGUUGCGGGGAUUGUAUGAAAGUGCCAAAACGAGACCGGAUUCGCCCAAGAAGACAAGCAAGCAUUCUGACAAGUCAACCCCACCCCUUUAUGCGCGUACAACAAGGCUGGCAGAGAGUGAGGCAAUCGACCAUGCCCUGAUGAGCGGCUUGCUCGCCUUGCGGUUACCAUGUGCGACCCCGGUGCCUGAGUGGAACAUUCGUCUGAACACGAUGCUGCUGGAUCUGUCUGACCGUCGAAAAGACUACACUGAUGCGCUCUGGUGCAUACGCAGGCUUCAACAGAACUUCAACGUCCUGGUAAAGGAGGCUAGAACCAAGAACAAGAGGGCCAAGCAAGAGGUGCUGGAGGCAAUUGUGCUGGAUUUGAACACGUUUCUCGAGCAGCCAAAAACUACCAUGAAGAAGAGAGCUCACGAGUUGCAAAACUUGAUAGCGCACUCGCACGACGUCGCGAGGAGGUUAUGGGGCGAGAGACUGACGCCGAGAAAGGGAUAUAUCGGCCUCAUCUGGACUUUUCGAUGGGCCUGA